AUGCCCUUCUUGCUUCACAUCCCGCUGAUCCUGUACAUGACCUAUGCGCAAGGUCAUUGCCUCUUCUGUAUUAUCAGUGACUGCAUGCACACUUCUAAUCACUGGGGCGAAUGGAACGACUCCCAACUUCUACCUACAAUACAAAAGCUGAUGAAGGGAUACAACCGCUACCUCAGGCCUAAUUUCAAUGUGGGGCCUGUGGAGAUUGGAAUGAGCUUGGAUAUCGCCAGUAUCGAUGCUAUCUCUGAAAUCAAUAUGGACUACACAGCCACAAUUUUUCUGCGUCAGAGGUGGCGUGACUCCCGGUUGGUAUUCCCAGGAAACGAGAGUGUGAGCGUGGAUGGGCGUCUUGUAUCUCUGCUGUGGAUUCCUGAUACUUUUAUCCCAGAUUCCAAGCGCUCCUUCCUACAUGAUGUGACAGUGGAAAACAGGCUCAUUCGCAUAUUCAGCAAUGGCACUGUUCUCUACGCAUUACGGAUCACAGCUACCAUAGCCUGCAACAUGGAUCUUACCAAGUACCCUAUGGACCGUCAAGAGUGCACCCUGCAACUAGAAAGCUGGGGCUACAACUUGCAGGAUGUUGUGUUUUAUUGGACCCGAGGGAAUGAUUCUGUACGAGGCCUGGACACACUGCGGCUGGCUCAGUACAGUGUGGAGAGCUAUUACACCACUGUGGCAGAGGCGGUGUAUGAGACAGGGCACUACCCAAAGCUGGUGCUACAUUUUGCCCUGCGCAGAAAUGUGCUUUUCUUCAUCUUGGAGACUUAUGUCCCCUCCAUCCUCCUGGUGGUGCUCUCCUGGGUGUCUUUUUGGAUCAGCCAGUCCUCUGUUCCCGCUCGGACAUGCAUCGGAGUGACCACUGUCUUAACCAUGACCACUCUGAUGAUGGGAGCGCGCACCUCCCUGCCCAACGCCAACUGUUUUAUUAAAGCCAUUGACGUUUACCUGGGCAUCUGCUUCACCUUCAUCUUCGGAGCUCUGCUGGAGUACGCCUGCGCCCACUUCUACACCAUGCAGCACCAGACAAUAGAGGAGAUACACAGGGAUCUUUUGAGGGAGUUACACGAGUCCAAAGGAAAUGGUGCAAUCCCAAUAGUCAGCUCCACUCAGCCGAAACAGCAGCCUGAAGUCAGGUCCACUACACAAGAGGAACCCACCACGGAGCAGUCACCCACCCAGGAAGUGGUUAUGAACGGGGAGGCCAAGGAGAGCUCCAAGGGCCAGGGCUGCGGUCUGUCCACGGUGAAAGACGCAUCUCGACGCGCUGCUGCAGUUUUUGUAGUUGAAAAUCCGCACAAUAUUGACCGUCACGCACGCACUGUUUUCCCAACCGCCUUCUUCUUUGUGAAUAUUCUCUACUGGCUCUACUAUCUCUGCCUCUAA